AUGGCGCUUGCACACAUUCUUCGCUGCCAGCGCUUCUUUUGGCUUGGCCUUCGCGACCGUGUCCGGGUGAGCAAGAUGAUCAGCGGCACCUUGCUCAUCCCCGCCAGCGAUGCGCUAACGUCGGUGGUGCCGGUCAAGGCUAUUCGGGCGGCCGCGGCGGUACCUCCGCAGACGCCGCGGCCGCGACUGCCAUGGUUUGUGUGGCCGUGGCGUCGCCAGCUGCCACCCGACCCUGCAUUCAGUCAGUUUGUCGCCCAGCCUAUGGUCGUCCCUAUGUACUGCGGCCUGCGCUUGAUUGACGAGUUCGGCCACGUCAACAACGCCAAGUACCUUGAACUGUGCGAGUUGGCUCGGUGGCGUCAGCUGUCGUUCCUCGGCAUCGGCACCAUGAUGGCCCGGCUUCGCGUGGCGUUCGUGGUCUCUGACCUCUCCGUAACUUAUCAGCGGGAAAUCCGACCGUGGAGCAGGGUGUGGUUGUCGACGCGAAUUCUUCUCCCACCGUCCAGCACUGCCUUUGCUGGCCCGCCAUCUUCGCCAUUGACAGGGGCAGCGUCAUCAUCAGACAAGAGGCGCUUGUACAUUGAACAUGAGAUCUGGAGCAAGGACGGGCGUAAGCUGCACGCUGCGAUAACUCUCGCGGCGGCCCUCAUCGGCCCUGUGAAGUACGAGCAGGAGCUGGCUCGGCGCUACGACCCGACUGCUGCCGCCGCAGCAGCAGCGCCACCUCACGCGCCUGCAGGCACCCGUGCCCGUCAGCAUACGACAUUGAACUGCGAGCACGUCCUGGCUGACGCCUUGGAUCUGUCUUCCGUGGCGGAGCUGCGCAAGCUGUUCGAAUCUGCUGAGCAUAUCUACACCCCCGCUAUCGGCAACGGCGACGCCGGGGCCGCGGCCAAAUCAGGUGAGAUGCCUGACCAGGAGAGCGCAGCGCGGCAGGAGCGCAUCAUGCGUCUCGCCCGCAUCUGGCGCACAACACGCGAUCGACUGCGCCAUACGUCGCUCGUCUCGUCUCCGCCACCGCCACCGCCGUCUUCUAACACACUCAACUCCGAGACGGGCCCCAAGCUGUGA